ACUUAUGAUCACCACCAUGUCCUCCUCCUCCCGCAGCGGCCUGGACGGCGGCGCGGGCGCGGCGGCCAGCUCGAAGCGCAUCGUCAAGUCGCCGGAGCCGACGUCGGUGCUGUACAACCGGAGCCCAAGCCCGCCCACGUCCUCGUCCGCGCACUCGGAGCCGCCGCCCAUCAGCGCCGAGGACUGGGACGCCGUGCUGCUCUCCUCCGGCGGCUGCGACAACAUGGCCGCCGCCGCGCACACCACCCAGGACACCUCCUUCCUGCGCUGGAUCAUGGACGCCGGCUACGCCGACGGCGACGGCGACGCCUUCGGCUUCAAGGGCCCCGCCCCCUUCGACCCCUCCCCUCUUCUUCUUCACCCGCCGCCGGCACCCGCACAGCGCCGGGGGGUGGAGGACGAGGAGGACGAGCCCUUCUCGCUCCCGCAGCUCCCUCCACAGCUCUCCCUCCCGCAGCAGCAGCAGCAGGUCCAUUUCCCUGUCCCGGCCUCCGCGCCGGGCGCCGCCGGAGGGGGAGGAGGAGAUCUCGAGCCCCAGGCGACGGUGGACGAGCUGCUCGAGGCGGCGCGCCGCGCCGACGCCGGGGACCCGGCUGGCGCGCGCGAGAUAUUGGCGCGGCUCAAUCACCGGCUCCCCUCGCCGCCCGCCCCGCCGGGCCACCCUCCCCUGCUCCGCGCCGCCGCGCUCCUCCGGGACGCGCUCCUGCACCGCCUCCUCCCGCCCGCAGCCGGCCCCUGCUCCGUCCUCUCGCCGCUCGACGUCGCGCUCAAGCUCGCCGCGCACAAGGCGCUGGCGGACGCCUCGCCCACCGUCCAGUUCGCCGGGUUCACGUCCACGCAGGCCUUCCUCGACGCGCUCGGCGCCGGCGCGCGCCGCGUCCACGUCGUCGACUUCGACGUCGGCUUCGGGGGCCACUGGCCGCCGCUCAUGCAGGAGCUCGCGCACCACUGGCGCCGCACCGCCGCGCCGUCGACGCCGCCGCCCACCCUCAAGGUCACGGCAUUGGUCUCGCCGGGGUCGAGGCACCCCCUGGAGCUCCACCUCACGCAGGAGAGCCUGGCGCGCUUCGCCGCCGAGCUCGGCAUCCCCUUCGAGUUCGCCGCCGUCGCCUUCGACCCCUUCAGCCCCUCGCCGCCCCCUGGCCUGUCCGCGGCGCCCGACGAGGCCGUCGCCGUGCACAUCACCGUCGGCACGGAGACCUCCAGGCCGACACCAGCGUCCCUCCGCGUCGUGAAGCAGCUCCGGCCCGCCAUCGUCGUGUGCGUCGACCACGGCUGCGACCGCGCCGACCUGCCGCUCCGGAGCCACGCGCUCAACGUCCUCCGCUCCUGCGCCGCGCUCGUCGAGUCGCUCGACACGCCCGGCGCGUCGCUGGACGUGGUGGCCAAGGUGGAGCAGUUCGUCCUGCGGCCGAGGGCCGAGCGCCUGGUCACCGGCGGCGACAAGCUGCCGCCAUGGAGGUCCACGUUCGCGUCCACCGGGUUCACGCCCCUGCCUCUCAGCAAUGCCGCGGAGGCGCAGGCAGAGUGCCUGCUCCGGCGCACGGCCAACCAUGGCUUCCACGUCGAGAAGCAGCAGUCGGCGCUGGCGCUCUGGUGGCAGCGGUCGGAGCUCGUGUCGGUAUCGGCAUGGCGGUGCUGAACUGCUGAUCCAUCCCCUUGCCAGAGCAGCCCGGUACAGUUGUAGUUCAUCUUGCCAAAACUUGAACCUUUCUCAAGUACUAGUAGCCAAUCUUGUUGUGUGAUAUACUCCUACUCACUAGCAACUUCGAGGCAUGAACAAUGGAAAUUCGAAAUGCCGAAAAACUGUUAACCCCCCAACCUGCGUUUUAAUUGUUGAUUGAUACUGUAAUCCUCAUGUGUGAUCAUUGUGUAUUAUGCCAGUCAUAUUUCCAGACUGAUUCAAGUUCAAGUCCUUUUGGUUCCUCUCCUCUGCUCUUUGUAAUUAUUAAGCUUUUGCCAGUGGAAAUCAACAGGGAUUUUCCAAGCAAAUUUGUAGCAAAUCAGUUGAAUCCUGUUGUGAUUUGUAGUAGCAGAGUAUGUAUGUAUGUAUGCAACUGAUUUUUGCUGGUUGAUUCUAAUUAACUAAA